AUGGAUGGAGCUCGCUGCUGGCGAGACGUAAUCUUGGACCUCCAACCUCCACUGGGCGCCGACUGCCUGCCACCUUCGACGUCCGGCUCACGAUCCCCCAAUUCCCAUUCCCGUUCCGCAAAGCAACACUUGAUUCUUCAACACACGAGCUGCAUUCGGCCGCAACCCCAUCGCAAACAUGGCAAACCAAACGCCGGCCGUUGUCAUGGACACGGCACUGGCUUCUCCAAGUUAGGUUUUGCCGGCAAUGAUUCCCCGUCCUUCGUUUUCCCGACCGCCAUCGCGACCAAGGCCGCUGCCGGUAGCGCCGGGUCUGGCUCUGGCCGUCCGGCCGUAGCGAACAAGCCCUCUUUCCUCACCGGCGGUGCUGGUCCGACCGGCCAUCUCUCGGCCAAGCGCGGCACUGAGGACCUCGAUUACUUUAUUGGCGACGAAGCCAUCGCCGCCUCUUCUGGCCCCGGUUACGGGCUGCACUACCCAAUCCGACACGGUCAAAUAGAGAACUGGGAUCACAUGGAGAGAUUUUGGUCCAACUCCAUCUUUAAAUAUUUGAGAGUCGAGCCUGAGGAUCAUCACUUCCUCCUCACCGAACCACCCCUGAACCCCCCCGAAAAUCGUGAAAACACGGCCGAGAUUUUCUUCGAGUCUUUCAACUGCGCCGGUCUAUAUAUUGCCGUUCAGGCCGUGUUGGCUCUUGCUGCCUCCUGGACCUCAUCCAAGGUCACCGACCGAUCCCUGACCGGUACUGUUAUUGACUCGGGUGACGGUGUCACCCACGUCAUCCCCGUGGCCGAGGGCUAUGUUAUUGGAUCAUCGAUCAAGUCUAUUCCCAUUGCUGGACGCGACAUCACCUACUUUGUCCAGUCACUCCUGAGAGACCGCGGCGAGCCCGACUCGUCGCUCAAGACGGCGCAGGAGAUCAAGGAGCAGUACUGCUAUGUGUGCCCCGACAUUGUCAAGGAGUUUGACCGCUUCGAUCGUGACCGCAGUCGCUUCAUGGAGCACGUUGUUGCGCACCCCGGCGGUCGCCAAGCGACUGUCGAUGUUGGUUACGAGCGCUUCCUUGCUCCUGAAAUCUUCUUCAACCCCGAAAUCUACUCGUCCGACUUUUUGACUCCCCUUCCCGUGGUGGUGGAUGGCGUCAUCCAGUCAUCCCCUAUCGAUGUGCGCCGCGGUCUCUACAAGAACAUUGUGCUCUCUGGUGGUAGCACACUCUACAAGGACUUUGGUCGCAGAUUACAGCGUGAUAUCAAGCAGUUGGUGGAUGCCAGAAUUCGGGCCAGCGAGGCUCGCAGCGGUGGAGCCAAGAGCGGUGGUCUUGAUGUCCAAGUCAUCACGCACAAGCGACAAAGGCACGGCCCCUGGUUUGGUGGCAGUUUGCUUGGUCAAACACCCGAGUUCCGAUCCUACUGCCACACCAAGGCGGAGUACCAAGAAUAUGGCCCAAGUAUUGUUCGGAGAUUUGCGCUGUUGGGUGGCCCUGCAGGCUCUUAG